CCCCGCACCCCGCGCAGGCGGCGCCGGCCUCAGGUCGGGAUGGGCCGGCCGGGAAGAGGACGACGACCCCCGGCCCAGAGCCCCCGCGAGCCGCGCCGCGCGUAGUGGGAGCUGGUGCGUAGUAGGCUCUGAGGCGUUUCCGGAGAAUUGCUUUUCUGGUCGGAGGAAGAUCUUAUAAUCAAUGGAUAAAGUGGGGAAAAUGUGGAAUACCUUCAAAUACAGAUGUCAGAAUCUUUUCAGUCCUGAGGGAGGAAGCCAUAGUGAAAAUGUGGACAUGAACUCCAACAGAUGUUUGUCUAUCAAAGAGGAAAACAUCAGUCUGGGAGACUCAGCUCCUCAGCAGCAAAGCAGUUCCUUAAGAGAAAAUGUUGCCUUACAGCUUGGAUUAAGUCCUUCAAAGAGUUCUUCCAGGAGAAACCAAAACUGUGCUACCGAAAUCCCUCAAAUUGUUGAAAUCAGCAUCGAGAAAGAUAACGACUCAUGUGUCACCCCAGGGGCAAGACUCGCGCGAAGAGAUUCCUACUCUCGACAUGCCCCGUGGGGCGGAAAGAAGAAGCAUUCCUGUUCCACAAAGACCCAGAGUUCUUUGGAUACUGAUAAAAAGUUUGGACGCACUCGGAGUGGACUGCAAAGACGAGAGAGGCGCUACGGAGUGAGCUCAGUGCACGACAUGGACAGUGUUUCCAGCAGAACUGUUGGGAGCCGCUCUCUGCGGCAGAGGCUGCAGGACACUGUAGGUUUGUGUUUUCCCGUGAGAACUUACAGCAGGCAGUCAAAGCCCCUCUUUUCUAAUAAAAGAAAAAUACAUCUUUCUGAAUUAAUGCUCGAGAAAUGCCCUUUUCCUGCUGGCUCAGAUUUAGCCCAAAAAUGGCAUUUGAUUAAACAGCAUACAGCUCCUGUGAGCCCACAUUCAACAUUUUUUGAUACAUUUGAUCCGUCCUUGGUUUCUACAGAAGAUGAAGAAGAUAGACUUAGAGAGAGAAGACGGCUUAGUAUUGAAGAAGGGGUGGAUCCUCCUCCCAAUGCACAAAUACAUACAUUUGAAGCUACUGCACAGGUUAAUCCCCUGUAUAAACUGGGACCAAAGUUAGCUCCUGGGAUGACAGAAAUGAGUGGGGAUAGUUCUGCAGUUCCACAAGCGUCUUGUGAUUCAGAAGAGGACACAACCACCCUGUGUUUGCAGUCACGGAGGCAGAAGCAGCGCCAGGUGUCUGGAGACAGCCAUGCCCAUGUUAGCAGACAGGGAGCUUGGAAAGUCCAUACACAGAUCGAUUACAUACACUGCCUCGUGCCGGAUUUGCUUCAGAUUACAGGGAAUCCCUGUUACUGGGGAGUGAUGGAUCGCUAUGAAGCAGAAGCCCUUCUGGAAGGGAAACCUGAAGGCACAUUUUUGCUCAGGGACUCUGCACAAGAGGACUACCUCUUCUCUGUGAGCUUCCGCCGCUACAACAGAUCCCUGCACGCCCGAAUUGAACAGUGGAAUCACAACUUCAGUUUUGAUGCCCAUGACCCUUGUGUGUUUCACUCUUCCACUGUAACAGGACUUCUGGAACAUUAUAAAGACCCCAGUUCUUGCAUGUUUUUCGAACCAUUGCUUACUAUAUCUCUGAACAGGACCUUUCCUUUUAGCCUGCAGUACAUCUGCCGUGCAGUCAUCUGCAGGUGCACCACAUACGAUGGAAUUGAUGGGCUCCCUCUGCCAUCAAUGUUACAGGAUUUUUUAAAAGAGUAUCAUUAUAAACAAAAGGUUAGGGUUCGCUGGUUAGAACGAGAGCCAGUCAAGGCCAAGUAAACUCUGCUGUCCCCACAGGGCAUUAACUAGGCUUGCUUUCGUGCGCAUCCGUACUCCUCUCAGAAGCACAGUGUCAGUGCUAGGUUCUCUCACACAGUCUGUAAGUUUAGUUACUCCUAAUCUUCGUCAGAUACAGUCUGCUGUUACUCACUCAGAGAAACGUGGUGCCUAUUGAAACAACAGGGUGGAGCUGCAGGUGUUCAGUAAAGCUAUGAAAAACAUUAGCUGGUUUAGCUAACAGUUCGGUUUUGAAUGGCUAUAGUAAUUGAGUGAGGCAACUCUGGGGCAUUUGCUAUGAAGAAUUCUAUUUCUUACUAAAGAACAAAUUAUUAUUAGAUGAGUAUUCCAACAGUGUGACUAAUGUUUGAAAUUAUUUUUUCUAAGAAUUUUUCUAUAACCUUCCAAAAGUUAGUGAUGUUUGUAGUUACUAUAAAUCCAAGCUUUGGAAGUCCAAAAAAUAAAAGACUGCCUUCCUUUUAGGAAAACAAAAUGCAACUUUCUGGCCACAAGGGCAUAGUGCAGUUCACUUAAGUGUUGAUGUAGUUUAUAGUUAGUCUCCUUUUCUCUUCUUCGAAAGGUACUGUUAAAUAAACCAGGUUUUCUAAAUAGUCACUCUUAAAAUUUCAGACUUACGCAGUUAGUAGUAGAAUUUUAUUUAAAGGUCCUAGGUAUUAAUGUUUUUCAAUGAGUGCUUUAACUUAAAGCAGGCGUUUGGACAGCUGCUGCAAUUGUAGUACUGUGUGUGAUUUUCUUACGUUGCCGUGUGCGGUCUAAACAUUGUUUCAUUAACGUUGGGUGUUUCCUGUGCCCAGUGCCCAAAAUGAGUGUAAGAACCAUGAAGAAAAUGAGACUAGAAAUUGCCCCAACAGGUCAGAUAGGGUCAGAUAGUCGUAACUACGGCGGUUGCUGCUGUUGAGAUUAUUGUUAAACUAUAAUUAAUAAUUUGGAUGGCAGUAUUGAUCUCUUUGUUGUAAACUCUUAUAGCUGAGUUGUUUAAGUAUAAUUUAUAGAACUUCAGUGCAGUUAAUUCUUCAUGGAAAAACCUGAAACCUAAAUUGCAGAUGUAAAAGGUACUGUACAACUAUCGUGUCUGUAAAUAACUUCACUUAGCACCUUUUUGUCACUUAGGAUAGUACAUAAUGCAACUUGGGUGAGCGCUUUGGGAAGUAUUACCAGUUCUAGUGUUUGCGUAGUAUUGAACUGAAUUUUCAGUUCUGUCCUAGACAUUUGCACUACAGUAGCCUGAUGCAUUCUUGUGUCCUUUUGUUAAUGUGCUCUGUACCGCUGGCGAGUGUCCUUAGUUUCCUUACCAGUUGCUGCAGAACGUCAUUUUAUAUCCCUAUGGCUAUCUCCAAGGCUACAAAAGAGAAAAGCUAUAUUUGUAUGCAACACUAACCCUUUGACUGCUAAUGUAUGUUUCUGCUUGCUGUGCCUUGUUAUGGCUGCUUUUUUUGUGCUAAUAAAGUAUGUUUGGUGUUCUCCUUGUAUAUCUGCUGGUUUAUACAUUUGCAACAGUUUCUCUGUACAUGGACUGGUUUGGGUUUUAAAUAAGCAUUAUCUGGCAACCUACUAUAUUUAAUGCAGAUUUACCUACAGUCUAAUACUGACUUACCAGAAUAAGCUAAUUAAAUUUAAUGCUUUUCUAAUAAUCACAUAUACUGUGGAACAGUAUAGUUACUGAAAAUUACUGUACAGUUUAGGUUACACUAGAAAAUUCACAGAGAAAUGAUUAAACAGUAUUCUCUGCUUGUAAGUGAAAGAUUGAAACUAUCAGUGAUAUAGUAAACGAGUAUUUGUAGCAUCCAACUGCGUUAGAAACAGGUUAAACAAAGUCUUGUGAACUAAUAGUACAUCCGCACCGUUUAUUGGUUUGGGGACCAUUUUGUUGAUAGUAAAUGCCCACAAUGUAGAACUUUGUAACCAAAGACUUGUCUAUUUUAAUGCAAAUGGGGAUUGAAGGGACUUAAAUUUUCUAUUUCUAGUAGAAGUCCCUGAAGAACAUAUACCAAAGUGUUUGAGAACGUCAUCCAAACCUACUUUAAAGCAUUAUGUGCAAUUAAGUUGUUAUGACAUAAUUAUACUGCAUAAUUGUUGGGUUCGUUUUCUUGAGCUUACAAUGUACCUGGAAAAUAAACCUCUUGAGAGAAAAAAAUCCAUACUGAUUAUUGGAGAAGGACUAUAUAUGCAAGCAAGAUGGUGUUUUGAAGAGGUAACUUGAAACUCCAAGAAAGCACUUGAUGUUUUUAUAUGCUUGUAGCAAAUUGAUGUUCUAACUUUAGUUUUAUAGAUAGUAUUAAUGCUUUUAUGUUUCAGAACUUUCAUAUGUUAAAUGGAAAUUGUUUUAAAUGUGUAGCUAUUUGAGUUUAUGUAAGCAUGUAUACACUGCUAAAAGUCACCUGUUUCACUUUGUGUGUAAUAUUAAUAUGCAGCUUUUGUUUUGUUUAAAUUUUUUCCUUAAAAUAUUAGUGGCUUACAUUUUAAAAAAGAAAAAUCACCAGCAUGAAAGUGCACCUAAGUCUAUAUUCACUGUGUCUUUUAUAAACACCAUUGUAGCCUGUCAACUAAA